AUGGCAGGCCAUGCCAACGACCAGCGGAAACUGGCUCAUACACUGCUAAUUGAGCUUAUGGCAUAUCAAUUUGCAUCCCCAGUGCGGUGGAUUGAAACCCAGGAUGUCAUUCUUACAGAUAAAGCGUGCAACAAUAUUAUAGAAGUUGGACCUACAAACACCCUUAUAGGAAUGUUCCAACGAACCAUAAAGGGUUCAUAUGAGACUCAGGACUGCAUCAUCUGCCCAACACGGCAACUUCUUAAUUCUGAAAGGGAUACACAAAAAAUCUACUACGAAUCUGUUCCGAAUACUUCUACACCAAUGGAAGAGCCUAAAGAUAAGGUAGCAAGUACAGAAUUGAAAGCAAGGGAUUUCAAUACUACAGCACCGCCCGCUACUAACAAAUUAGCCGUUGAUGAAGGUAUAUUAUCUGCAUCUUGCAUAAAUUUCGCAAGCGAUAUAGACGAUCGGCCUAUUGAAGCACGAGAGAUUCUGAUCGCUAUUGUUUCCAAGGCUCUUAAAAAGCCAGCACCAGAUAUAGAUGUUUCAAAAUCGCUUAAAUUACUAGCAGGAGGACGCUCUACACUAGAGAAUGAAAUAGUCGGUGAUCUCAGCACCGAAUUUGGGCUCUUACCUGAUCACGUUGAGGAUAUUCCCUUGACUGAAUUGUGGAACACGGUGCAGUUAAACUAUAAAGGAACCCUCGGCAAAAUAUCCACUGCCAUGAUCAAUUCAAUGUUCACUUCGAAAAUGCCAGGUGCUUUUACUUCUGCUGUGGCUAGGGAGAGACUAUUGGUACAAUGGAAGCUACAGAAUGGCAGGCAGAAUUCUUGUUUGGUGCUAGCCACAACAAUGCAGCCAUCCACGCGAAUCUCAGCUGAACAUGAAGCAACUAGAUUUAUCGACCUUGUAGCUGAAGAAUACGCACUAAGGGAAGGAAUUACCCUUGGGAGAGACACUUCAACAGAAAAUAAAAAUACCUCGAGUGUCAUGGUUGAUGCCGAAACGUUGCGAAUAUUCUCUGAGUCGCAGCAGUCAUUGUCUAGAAAGCUUCUAAAAGUCUAUGCUUCGCAUCUUGAACAAGAUUGUGAUUUUGAUCGAAGCCUCGUUGAUGACGCUCAGGAAGUGGCUGCGAGAAAACUACAGACCGAAAUAGACCUUUGGGUUGCGGAACAUGGCCAAGAAUAUGCAGAUGGUAUUCGCCCAAAGUUCGACCCUCGUAAAAUCCGAGUUUACGAUUCAUCGUGGGCGUGGGCCCGGCAAAGUUUGCUUGAACUUAUCAGCUUUGCACAGUCAGUUAAACAGGGGCGUCUAUUUCUUGAUCCAGAUUCACUUAUACAGAGGUGCAAUUUCAUUGCCAAUGCUGCUGAAGAAGAAAUAUUGCCUAUUCUUCAAAGAGCGAUAGCUGAUUUCUCAGGACAUCCUCAAUUUGGACAUACUUUCCAAAGGCUGGAACGAACAUGCCGAAGCAGACUAGGCCUGGGGCCUGUUUACCAGAAUACCCCAAAGAAUCUCGGUCCUUGCACUACAGUUACCCAUGAUGGAAGCUUGCAAUAUGCUGAGAAGGAGAGGAGAGAGUCAGUUCGCUUUGCUGACCUGGCUACUCAAUCUAAUACCGCUGGCGAACCCUAUAUCCACGUUAAAGAAAUGCUUCCUCAUGGAUGGACCUAUAGUCGGGAGUCAACUAGUCAUCUUUACAAAGCCCUAGAUUUGGUUGAAAGUCAAGGGGUAUCAUUUAGCGGCCAAACCGUCCUGGUGACCGGGGCUGGGAUCGGCUCUAUUGGUGCUUCCAUUAUCUGCUAUUUUCUUCAAGGAGGUGCAAGAGUGGUGAUGACAACUUCGUCAUUUUCUCCAGAAGUCGCAAGAAAAUAUCAAGCUAUCUAUACUGAACAUGGAGGUCGUGAUUCUCAAUUAAUUGUUAUUCCCUUCAACCAGGCUAGCAAGCAGGAUGUGAUAUCCCUCGUUGAGUAUGUCUAUGAUACGAAGGGACUCGGGUUGGAUAUAGACUAUCUGAUUCCAUUUGCUGCACUCAGCGAAAGUAACAAGGAAAUUGACACAAUUGACUCAAAGUCCGAACUUGCCCAUCGUAUAAUGUUGACGAACACCCUUCGGCUGCUGGGAUCCAUAAAGACUGUUAAGGAAAGAUACAAGUAUCUAUCCAACCCAACGCAGGUCUUACUACCUUUAUCCCCCAACCACGGAUCCUUUGGUGGUGAUGGCUUGUACGGAGAAUCAAAAAUUGCACUUGAAACCCUAUUCAACCGCUGGUACUCAGAGGACUGGCAGGAAUAUCUAGCCAUUUGUGGCGCUGUCAUCGGGUGGACUCGAGGCACGGGUUUAAUGAACCAAAAUGAUCUGGUAGCCGAAGGUAUGGAGUCCUUAGGGCUGCGAACUUUCUCACAGGAAGAAAUGGCACACGCUCUUGUUUGUCUCUGUACACCUUCUAUAAACAUGAUCUGCCAGGAACAACCAAUAUACGUGGAUCUGACCGGGGGGAUGACUAGAGUGCAAAGUCUUGCUGAGCAACUUCGAAGUCUUCGCGGGGAGCUCAAAGGACGCAGUGAUAUUCAAUCCGCACUUUUCACGGAGUUAAAGUUCGAGGAACAAUGUGUCAAAGGUGUGAAAUUAGUGUCGCCAGCAGAAAUGAAGACACAUACACUAGAGCAAAGAGCACAUGUACGGCCUGACUUUCCAAGGGUGCUUCAAUACCACAAAGAUAUUUAUCCACUUAGCGAAGAUCUGGUGGAUAUGGUUGAUCUCCAACGUGUGGUUGUCAUCACUGGCUUUUCAGAGCUAGGCCCUUACGGAAAUUCCAGAACUCGAUGGGAAAUGGAGGCACAUGGCGAAUUUUCCCUUGAUGGUGUUGUCGAAAUGGCCUGGCUGAUGGGGCUUAUCCGCUACACCACCGAAAGUAUCGAUGGAAAACCCUAUUCAGGCUGGGUGGACUCGAAAAGCAAACAGCCUGUAGUAGAGUCAAAGAUUAAGGAAAUAUAUGAGGACUACAUUCUUAACCAUUCUGGCAUUCGGCUAAUCGAACCAGAGUUAUGUGACGGUUACGAUCCAAAUAAGAAACAGUUCCUCCAUGAGGUGAUCAUUCAAGAGAAUCUAGAGCCUCUCUAUGUUCCCGAAUCCCUUGCUGAACAGAUGCGGCUAGAACAUGGGGACUAUGCCGACAUCAGAAGAUCUUCCAAGCCUGAUAUUUACUGUGUUCGGAUUCUUAAAGGCGCAAGAAUCUUCAUCCCACGGGCUAUGAAAUUUAGCCACACUGUGGCCGGGCUUAUUCCCACAGGUUGGGAUGCCAGAACAUAUGGGAUCCCAGAGGAAAUCAUCACGCAAGUUGACCGUGUUACUCUCUUUACAUUGGUCUGCACUGUAGAAGCUCUUAUAUCAGCAGGAAUCACAGAUCCAUACGAGUUAUACCAAUACAUCCAUGUCUCUGAUGUAGCUAUUUGCAUCGGAUCAGGGAUUGGAGGGGUGUCUUCCCUAGGCAAGAUGUUUAGCGGCCGCUAUAUGAAUAAAGAUAUACAGAAAGAUAUUCUGCAGGAGACUUUUACUAAUACAAUCGGCGCCUGGGUAAAUAUGCUAUUACUCUCUGCUAGUGGUCCAAUUCGCACUCCGGUAGGAGCUUGCGCCACGGCAGUUGAGUCCUUGGAGCUUGGGUACGAUACAAUUAUUGCCAGGAAAGCAAAGUUCUGUCUCGUUGGUGGCUGCGAUGAUUUCAGUGGUGAGACGUCAUAUGAGUUUGCUAAUAUGAAGGCAACGAGCAACGCAACGGAAGAGCUCAUGCGUGGUAGGGAACCAGGAGAGAUGUCAAGGCCUACAACAAGCACCCGCAACGGCUUUAUAGAAUCACAAGGUUGUGGACUUCAGGUCCUUACUACUGCGGAGUUGGCACUACAAAUGGGCCUACCAAUUCGGGGCAUUGUUGCUUUUGCUGGUACAUCUAGUGACAAAGCUGGGAGAUCGCUUCCGGCACCGGGAAAAGGGGUAUUAACAAACUCCAAGCACAUCAUUUCUACUGUACAACCUUCUCUUCCCAAUAUCAGUGGUCGAAAGAAGAAACUAGAUACCCGUCGACAACAGAUUGCUCUAUCCCGUGAGGCGUUAUUGGCAGAUUUACAAGCCGAUAUCGCCUCGGCGGUUACUUCUGACGUUAAGAUAAACCAUCAAGAACGAAAACAGCUCAUCCUAGAAGAAUUUGAAAAGGAGACUAGGGAAGCCCAAUAUGCUCUGGGCAAUGACUUCUGGCGUAACAGCCCAUAUAUUGCUCCGCUUGCAGGUGCUCUGGCCGUAUGGGGAUUGACCAUUGAUGAUCUUGGUGUUGCUUCCUUUCACGGGACUUCCACUGUUUUGAAUGACAAGAAUGAAUCCGCUGUUAUCCAAAAGCAACUCGAGGCUCUAGGUCGGCAGAAAGGAAACCCAAUUCUCAGUGUAUUCCAAAAAUACCUAACUGGCCAUUCCAAAGGUGCAGCUGGUGCGUGGAUGGUGAACGGUGCGCUGCAGAUGCUAGAUACAGGGCCGGUUCCUGGAAACCGAAAUGCAGAUAACAUCGAUCGUGCUUUAAAGGAGUUUGAUCUUAUUGCCUAUCUCCAGAAGGGUCUUCAAGUGGACGAGAUAAAAGCUGUAUCAAUAACCUCCUUUGGAUUUGGGCAAAAGGGAGCCCAGGCUAUCUGUGUGCAUCCUAAGUAUUUGUUUGCUACCAUCAGACAAGAAGCAUACGAACAAUACAUGGACCGCCGGAUGGCUCGACAGAAAAAGGCCGAUGCCUAUUUCUACCAAGGCAUGAAUUCUAACACAUUAUUCAGAGCUAAAUCUGCACCUCCAUUCUCACCAUUGGAAGAAGAAGAGACUUUCCUCAACCCAACUGUUAGAUUUCCGAAAUAA